AGGGGUUAAUUUUUGUCUGAGGAAUGCUCUAAGGCUAGGUCUACACGACGACAUUUGUCGCGCGACAAUAAGUUGUGCGACAGAUGGGCACGACUGCACUGCAACAUUUGUCGCGCGACAAAUGUCGUCAUGUAGACCUCUGAAUGCACCUGGUCACGCAAAUCAUGGCAGCUCCUUUUGCAAUUGCCAACCAUUGACGUCCCAGAUGUGCUUGAUGGGAGACAAGUCCAGGGAAGCUGCAGGCCUUGGUAACACGUUUAGGCCACGCUGGCGGCUCAGAGUAGCAUGAGCAACAUGCAGCCUGGUGUUGUCCUGUUGAAAAACGUCUCCUGGGAGAAAUGGCCGACCAAAUCUAUGUAACGCCGAGCUGUUAGUGCACCAGAAAUGUAGACUAGAGGCGUCCAGCGUCCGUACAUUAUGCCACCCCACACCAUAAUCCUGGUAGUAGGACCAGUGUGAUGUUCCCUUGUGAAGGCCUCUUCAUGGUGUUACCCAUGUGGUCUAUAGACUAAUCUCUAGCUAUCAUUGCAUCUGAGACAAAAUCAUCACUGAAGAGGAUAGACCUCCAUUGCAGCCUCCUGUACACCAUGAUAGCCUUUGAAAUCCGUAACAGAAGGUCAAUGGCACACCUGUAGCUAGAUAUCUGGUCCGUAGCCCAAUGUCAUCCAAUCAAUAUUAAAGACAGCCCUGGUUCUGCCGUAGUUAUAAACCAAGGCCUCUCAGUUUGUAACAAGUGACCGGGCACACAGAUGAACAGGAGGCAUCACACAAUCAUCCCACAUGACUUGAUCUGAUUUUUGAGGUUUCAGUCUGGCUUUUAUGCCUGUCCCACAUGCCACAGAUUGGAGCUAUGUGCUUGAAUAUGUCAUCAUCUGCAGAUCUGCCUGACGCCUGACACUUCCUCGGUUUACAUACCCUUACAGCUUGUCCUUCUUGGUGUUGCAAUUUCAGUGUUGAGAAGUGUAUGUCUGUCUGGUUCUGUAAGUAUACAUCAAGAUCAUUCCCGUAUUCCCCAUCAUAUACUUCCAGCAGAAGCCUCCGCCAUGUGCCACUUUAUGGACAUGCAGUCACCUAUAUCGGCCGUUAAAAAAAUAAAAUGACCGCACUGUAUACUUUUUUCUCGCUGUGUCUGCAUAGGAAAAUGUCAUAGUCUAAGCUCAAGUGAAAAAAAGUAUGCUGAUUCAUGGUGGCCCAGGGUUUCCCUAAAGGACACAGUUUUGAGAUAUGUUGUGUGCAUUGGAGCCUAUAGACUCGUCAGCGAAAAAGUUGCGAAAUUUUUGUGCUAAUGAUUCUUCAACAAAAAUGUUUGACCUUUUUGGUGCAAAGACUGGGAAUAUGAUAAAUUCCAUGGCGUCUAUUUACAAAAUCUUUUCAUUUCCAGCAGGCGCCCCCCUGAGCCUCGGGUGCAGUUCUCUCCCAUUAUUUUCAGAUUCUGAAGCUAGCCUUAACAUGGCACCGGAUAUUUACGGCCAGACCUUUAUUACCAUAAGCAUUCCUUCCAUCGUCCACAGCGGGGAUCUGUUACCUGCUCCCGCUACCCUCAUCCAGCCUCCAUCUGAUCGGUCACAGGUUCCACCUCUGCUUCCAAGGCCUGAAGCUGAGAAGCAGAAGAACAAUCCAAAAUACAAGGGGCGAUUUCCAUGUGCAGAAUGCGGCAAAAGUUUUGCAAUGAGAUCAAACUUUUUGGAACAUCUGAAGGUUCACACAGCGGAGAAGCCGCUUCCGUGCACCACGUGCGGGAAACGCUUCAAACGGAAGUCGGAUCUGGUCAGGCACCAGAAAACUCACACCGGGGAGAAGCCCUUCUUAUGUACAGAAUGCGGGAGAUGUUUCGCCAUUAAAUCGAAUCUUCUGGCGCAUCAGACAAUCCACACGGGGGAGCGUCCGUAUCCGUGUCUUGUGUGCGGGAAACGCUUUAACCGUAGAAGAAGUCUUGUUCGACAUCAGAGAAUUCACACAAGAGAGAAGUCCUAGUCGUGUCCACCGCAUGAGAAGCGUCAUCCAGAACCUGCCUCAGACGGAUUGCGGGAUUUCCAUCUUCAGAAUGUACUUUUUGUAUAAAUUUGUAUAAUUAAAUCAAAUCUUAUGUAUUAG